AUGUAUGUGAAUGGUGAGAUCGUAAAGAGAAAGGACGCGGUACAUAUAAAUGAUGUUCGAGACUUGAUUUUGCACAUAGUCGCAGAUGCACCUCCGCCUAACUGGGUCAAGGUCGAGCACGCCCGAUCGAUCGAAAAGGUCGUAGCACUCCUCAUACCUGGGAUUCUUCCUUCCACCUUGGCUCUUCCACCUCUACCAACCUCAGCAACCGUUAAUCCAAAUGUCCCGCUCUCAAUUCCUCUUCCUGCAGAGUCCCACACCCCCAUUCCCUUCAUCGCAUCCACUUACAGUCACGCGUGUCCAACUCGCGCACCAGGCGACCAAACCCGGAUGUACUCCGUUCUCAGCGAGUUCUUCCAAUGCCAGGUCACACCACAAGAGAAAGCUAAGAGGCAGGCACAGCGGGCUUGUAUGUCACAACGUGCCUUUGAUAACACGCCAGCGCUGUAUAUUCUAUCGUUGAAGGAGAUGAUAGAGAACGAAUAUCCAGUUCCCUCAUACAUGGCUGACGUAUUCGAAAAGGGACCUGGUUGGGUCGAGACUCCACAGGCAUCGGAAGAGUCAGUGCUAUUGCUUCCAGCAGAGAAACGGCAAUCAAAAAUAUAUGCUAUCGACUGUGAAAUGUGCUUAACAGAGGACGGCAAGGAACUUACCCGAGUUUGCAUGAUCGAUUACGAGAGCGGAAUAGUCGUGUACGACAAACUUGUCAAACCUCCGAAGCCAGUUAUCGACUACAUGACCAAAUGGUCAGGCAUCACAGAAUCCUUGCUCGCAUCGGCUACAACAACGGUCGCUGAGGUUCAGGCACAACUCAUGCCCAUCCUCGCACCAGAAGGCGGACCGACCUCCAUCCUCGUCGGACACUCCCUUGAAUCCGACCUCCGAGCACUCCGGAUCUGCCACCCUAGGUGCAUCGACACUGCUGUCAUAUACCAUCACCCACGCGGGAGGCCGCUGAAGCCGGGACUUGCGUGGCUCACCAAAAAAUGGGUGAAUCGCGAAAUCCAGACACGUGGUGAUAGUGGGCACGAUCCGGAGGAGGAUGCGCGGGCAUGUAUCGACCUCCUGAAGUCGAAAUUGAGGUAUGGCCCUACCUAUGGGGAGUACAAGACCGAUUUUGAGAGCAUAUAUGAACGUAUGGGGAGGGCAAGCGGGAGAGGAGGACCAGGGUCUGUACGGAGUGUAGUGGUGGACCAUGGGAACCCUGGUGUAAUGCAUGGAGCAAAAGCCAACUCGAAUGUGCCUUGUACUAGCGACGACGAAGUGCUCGAUGGGCUGCUGCAGGCUAUUCCAGGACACGAGUUCGCAUUUGCACGGUUCACCGGCAUUGCAGACGCAAUGGGAUGGCUAACACCAAAGACGACGGCUGCAGAGACCCAAGCUGCCCCAGUCACCCCCGCUGAACCAUCGCCUAGCGUUAUCGCCAACGCCCAGGCAACUCUUAACAACCAGCUUGUCACCCUCUACGCAUCCCUCCCUCCAAGGACGGCACUCAUCAUUUUCACCGGCCACUCAGAUCCCCGACGCAUGGCCAGCCUGAAUGCCAGAAAAUCGGCAUUCGAGUCUGCUAUUAGGAGUGGCAAAAAGGUCGAAGAUAUCGACAAGGCAGAUUGGUGGACAGCUAGUGAUGGGCGCGAACUAGAGGAGGAGGUUGAAAAGGCGAAGAGGGGACUGUUGUUUUUAGGGGUCAAGUGA